AUGUCCCUGGCAGUAUGCGAAGCACCACGGAUGGUGAAGGACGGAUCUGAAUCUACCUUUCAGCCUCAUCCGAUAUCUGCCGCCGCUGCAAACGGGCAUACGGGGAUCAUUUUGAAGCUCCUUGAACACGGAGCCGAUGUUGAAUUCAAGCACAUUGAUGGCCGAAGCCCGCUCUCUUUAGCCGCGCGCGGGGGUCAUAUGGACACAGUCCGAGCUCUUGUCGGACGUGGGGCGAAUGUACUGUCUCUUGACAUGGACGGGCACCGUGCUAUCGCCAAUGCUGCGUCGGAGGGCCAUCACGGAAUCGAGGAUCACCUUCUGGCGCUUCUAGGCGCCAAGCGGCCGCCUCUCAAACACACCAUGAAGACGGAGAUGCAUUUUAUGCGGCUUUAUGCCGCUGCAAAAGGUGAUGAAGAUCGCAUUAAAGUGCUCCUUCAGCGUGGCGUUGAGGUCGAUUCCCAGCUACCGGUUCACAGCCACACCCCCUCUGUGCAGCGAUCUGGCGCGGCGCCCCGUUAA